CGGUAAAUGUGCUUCUUUGCGGAGAUAAAGAAGGAACAUCUCGGUGUAGUGAAGAAAGAAAGCCCCAGUGUAACAUAGUAAAUUACGGGACAAGGUCGUGUUAUAACACCACACAAUUCACUGACCGUAGCUCCGAUGUAGUGUUUCUCAGAAAAGAAGCAGCUAUAAUCUUCAGGAUGUACUUUUAAUCUGCCUAAAUGCCAAAACAGCGUCUGGUUUACGCGCUCGAGGCGACACUUCAUCUCUCCGCAGGAAACGCAGAUUAAUGGCUACAUUGUUUGCAUUUUCAGAACAUUUAAGACGUUUCCUGCAACCCCCGCCGAUAGUUUUACAUUAUUAAUGACGGCGUAGUAUUUUUAGUCUUAUGAAUGUGUGAAUAAUGGCAGACGGACCGGCAUGGCACGUCAGACAGAAGAACACAGGGAGAGUGACAAGGACGGGGAGAGGGAGAAAGAAAGGGGAGGGGAACUGACAUUAAAGCAACACAACAAGGAAACUACACUGCAGAGCCACAGACGCCUUCAUUUUAUGUUUUUGAAUAAUAGCCGGAGCUAGUGUGGCGAAGUGUCUCUGUGAAAUCUGCCCGGAGCUCAACCCCAGCACAGCCUCAAGUGCCCGGAAAAGGAGCAGCUUUUCACCGAGUUGGAUUUAAAGGCGCUCUCCGACGCGUUCAGAGAUAUGGGCUCAGAGCCACCCAGUUCUCCACAGGUGGUGGAGGAUGGAGGAGAGGAGGAUGAGGAGGAGCUGAGCGGAGGGGAGGAGGCUGACCUGAGGUCCAGCUCCGGCCGGGGCUCCCUGCUGACCCGGAGAGGCAUCACCCUGAGGGUGCUGCUGAAGGACGGCCUGGUGGAGCCGGGGGACGGCGUCCUGGCUAUCCACUACCUGGGUAAGAACUUUGUAGGAGACCUGUUGACUGAUGGGAAAAUCAGGUGGGUGGAGACGGGCCAGAUCUUCAACUCCCCCAGCGCCUGGGCCACACAUUGCAAACGUCUGGUCAACCCAGCCAAGAAGUCUGGUUGUGGUUGGGCAUCUGUUCGCUACCGGGGACAGAAGCUGGUUCAGUACAAAACCACCUGGCUGCACAAGUACCAACCCAGCGCAGACAUGAGCCUGGUGAGUGAGGAGGAUGAUGACGAGGAUGAAGAGGAAGGGAAGACAGCCCUGCAGGCAGAUGAGAAGAACAAGAACAACAAACCUGGAUUAAGUGACGUAAUGGUUUCCCGGAGAUCAGACAGAGAGAGAAUUCCUGUCAGAUAUUGCACCUUGGGCACCAGAGAUGCUGCCAGAGAUCCACACACACUGGUGGAGCUGUCCGCCUUCUCAGCCAUCAACAGAUUCCAGCCUUUUAAUGUAGCCGUGUCCAGUAAUGUGCUGCUGCUAAUGGACUUCCACUGUCACCUGACCACCAGUGAGGUGGUGGGAUACCUCGGGGGAAGAUGGGAUACAAACACACAAUUGCUGACAGUCUUAAGGGCCUUCCCCUGUCGGACCAGGCUGGCAGACAGAGACUCUGCUUCUGCUGUGGAGGAGGAGAUCUGUCAGAACCUGUUCAUGCGCGGCCUGUCGUUGGUGGGCUGGUACCACAGUCACCCGCGAGGUCCAGCUCUGCCGUCGUUGCAGGACAUCGACUCCCAGAUGGACCAUCAGCUGAGGCUGCAGGGUUCAAACAAUGGCUUCCAGCCCUGUCUGGGCAUCAUCUGUGGACCGUAUUAUCACGGCAAUCAAGGUGUGGCAUCCACAAUAACCCCAUUCUGGGUCGUACCACCACCUGAGCAACGACCCAAUGACCACGGCAUCCCGGUGGCGGUCGAGGUCACAUACGUACAGGACAACUUCCUCACCAGUGACGUCCUGAAUGAGAUGAUGCUGCUGGUUGAUUACUACAGGGGCGCUCCAGACAUCGUCCAGUUCAGCCAAUACUGGUGUCCUGAUACGACCAUGAUGGACAAGAUCAAGGGCUCUCUGAGCUGCCACGCUCCCAAAGACCAGGCGUACUCUCAGAUCUUGGAGCACGUCUACAGUCAGCUGGGAAACAUACACUGAGUGGAUGCAUGUGGGCCGCUCUCCAUCUCAACUUGAUCUGUUUCAAGGAAACCUUCUGAGUAGAGAUGACAGGAAUGGAGGGACGGAUGUUAAAAAAAGAAAAGAAAACCUGCUUGAAAAACAUAUAGAUGCCUUGAAUUCUCUCAUGCUUGAGUGAUACUUACUUUUGAUACAGCAUUAUUGUGAGUGAAAGACAAAUGUACAAUUGAUACACAAAACCAAACCACACCAGAUCAGAGAACACGGCAACAUGUUACAGGACACAAAAGCAUUUCAUGGAGCAGAAAUCAGCCUCUUACCGUUUCCACAUGGACCUAUGUGCCUAUCUGUGCCAGUAUCCUGCUAGAAGAGCAGAUAUUGCCAGAUAUGUACAAUGUAAACAUUUAAUGUGUUGUAAUUGCCUUUUAUAGACUAAACCAACAGAGCAAUGGUUUAGAAGACAAAGUGAAAAUAUACUACAUUAGCAAAGUAUGCAACUGUGUCUUGGUUUGACCUGAACUUUAUUCUGCAAUAGGUUUUGUGAAUGUUUCUGUUCCUCGAGUCACAUUGGACAGUUGCAAUGUGGUACAAGUACUUCCAUUGUGCCAAGAAAAUUGUGUUUUUUUUUACAAACCUGUGUGUGUGUGCGAUGUGUUGUGAAUGUGCCCCUCUACUGUCUCCCUGUCAGGUUAUACGAGACACAAGUCCUGUUGGUUAGGACAGACAUUUGCUUCCUCUUUACCUGUACUGUAUUUAUUACUAACUGUGGUUUGUGUGAUGUACAUGUAUGAAGACAGAGCAAUGCCUUAAGCCUGCUGAUGAUCCACAAAGCAUUAAAAUAUACACACUGGAACUAUUUAAA